AUUGCUUAUAGGACCCAAUAUGAAUUAUACAGGUAGCUACGAGAGAAAAAUCCGUACAAUGGACAUAAGCUGUGCACUUCUAUCUCUCGCAGACGGAGUUGACGCCAUAAGCGGAUUCUGACCGAACAGCGCAUCUCUCCUUCAAUUGAACAAAAGAGAAAGUCAAAGAUGGCCGUGACUGAUCCUGCAGUGACUGCAAAGUUGCUCACACCAGCGGCAGUCCACAAUGCCUAUACUCUCAUCAAGCCUUACAUCCACACCACUCCGUUGCUGACCUGCAAAACGCUGAAUGCCAUCGCUUCAACCCCCCAAUCUGCCGAGUCUCUGCGGGGGACGCCCUUUGAGGGCCAAGCACCAGCCAAACCCAAGUUCCGGCUCUUCUUCAAAUGCGAGAAUUUCCAGCGGAUAGGCGCCUUUAAAGCACGAGGCGCGUUUCAUGCUUUACUGAGACUCAUUGAGCAGAAGGGCGAGGACGAGGUUAGAAAGCGCGGGGUCAUCACGCACAGUUCUGGAAACCAUGCUCAGGCCCUUGCUCUCGCAGCCUCCACCCUCCAUAUCCCCGCAUACAUCGUCAUGCCUAGCAUAUCCACGCCCUCAAAGAUAGAAGGCACGAAGUCACACGGAGCAAAAGUCGUCUUCAGCGGCUCGACGAGCACAGAACGCGAGGCUGUGGUCGCGGAGAUUCAGAGCCAAACCGGUGCGAUCCUGGUCCCACCUUACGAUGACUUCAAUGUGAUCUGCGGACAGGGUACGACCGGAUUGGAGCUGGAGGGACAGUAUGCGCAGUUUGUGAAGGAGAAUCCGGGCUUGAGUGUGCACAAGGACAGCCCCGGAAAUGCAACACUGGACGCAGUCAUCACUCCCAUUGGAGGCGGGGGGCUCAACGCCGGCGUUGCGACCUACUUCUCUGAUAAGUCCACGCGGGUUUUUGGGGCAGAGCCUAGCUUCGAGGGCGGCGACGACUGCCGGCGUGGUCUAGCAGCUGGUUCGAGGGUGGAAAGCGUGAAGACCCUCACCAUUGCUGACGGGUUGCGCACCCCUGUAGGAUUACUGAAUUGGGAGAUUAUUUCGGAUAAGAGUAAGGAGGCCGGGGUGUUUUCUGUGACAGAGGAGCAGAUUAAGGCUGCAUUACGGCUGGUGCUAGAGAGGAUGAAGGUGGUCGUGGAGCCCAGCGCAGUAGUUGGUCUGGCGGUUUGCUUGUUCGACGAGGAGUUCCGGAGGAUCGUGGAGAAGGAAGGAGGUGAUAAGGGAUGGGACGUUGGUAUUGUGUUCAGUGGAGGCAAUACGACUGUUGAAGCAAUCGGAAAGUUCUUCAGUGGAUAGUGAACAGAGUGCUGGAGUCGGAUAUCUGGGACCAGCACAAUCCAACAUGUAGUUAAACAUGCAUAUGCUGCAUACAAGUCCUAGCAUCAAUCGACUUGUUCAGUACUCAAUCCAACACCAGAGCGAUCCACAUGGAAGGAAAACCCCUUUCUUCGUUGCAGCCCCUCCACCACUUUAGAAGACCACCCU